AUUACUGCACUAGGCUGAGAUAUAAAGGCUUGGAUCCUGGCAAUAACACAUUUGCCUGAUGAUUAUCAAUAUUGAACUAUAUAUAGCAGGAGGAGAGGCAAGCUAGACACUGCAGGUCUGAAGAGCCAACCUGCAAAGAUGAGCCACCCAUAUGUCGGACCUUUGUCCGCAUACAACAGUCUCACUGACAAACACUUGACAGGGUAUUUCAACAAUACUAGAAUAAGAAGACACCUUCAAAGAGCUGGGCUGAUAACAAGAAGUGGAAGAAUAUUAACUGAAAAAGAAUACAAAAUAAAUUCUAUGAGACGUGACCAUCAGAAAUAUAUCAGACAAUGCCUUGCCCAAGCCAUAUUCCAGAAGGUCAUUGAUAUGGAGCGCCACCACCAAAUUGAAAUAAAAAGAAAAUUGGAAACGUUUGCAAGAAGAGAACGAAUCCAAAGAAUCAAGGCUGACCAAUCAAAGACUGUUGAAGAAGAAACAUUUGCUUUAUUUUCCCCUCGACCACCAACAGGACCUAAAAGCGGGGUCACUCGCCCGAUGAUAAUACAAAGGGAACUCUCUGACUCAUCAGAAUCAGUUUCAUCUCCCAGGCCAAAUACAGCACCAGGAAAUAUGCAACGUCCAGUUCGACUGCAACCUAUUCAGGCAUAUUGUCCAUCUAGGAAUGCACCAAAGACAUCAUCAGGAUCAAGACAAAAAGAGUCAGCUGAUGAGCAAGAACAACAGUUCCCUAGAGGGGUUGACAGGGAUCUAAUGAAACUAAUGAACGCAAUGGACCAUUCUGUAGGAGUGUCACCCUAUCGACUUCCCAUUAUUAACAACUUUGUGAUGCCUGCUCCCCCUCCUCAAAGAAAAUAUCCCAAACAGCUCAAACAUACUAUGAGCACAUCAUCCAGAGGAAGGCGCUUUCGCCCCACCACGGCACCCAUUGAGCUCGAACUGACCUCUAAGGAUUCUGGGAAGUUCCAUAAAACAGUUUUGCACAGCAAUGUAGCAGUCACCAUGGUUUACCUCGGAAAAAAUGUUCACUUGUCACAUGAUGAUAAUGACUUCAGAGAUGAAAUAAAAGUAUUUCAGCAACACUGUGGAGGCGAAAACCUAUGUGUUUUCAAAGGCAGACUUCAGGAAGGAGAAACUUUUAACUUAAUAUCUCGACGGCAUCGUGGCUUCCCAUUCAGCCUCACCUUUUAUAUUAAUUGUAUACAGGUAGAUAGAUUGAGCUCCUGCUGUGAAUAUAAACAUCGCAAAGGUGCAAGGCUGGGAGGAAAAAAUGGCUAUUUUGGCUUUGUUAAUAUUGAAGGAGCUUCACCCUGCUACAGGUGUAUUAUUGCAAUGGGCCUUGAUAAGAAGCCUUCUCCUCCACCAAAGAAGGCAAAGGAUGAGGAGUAUGAUAGCAAUGAAGAGAAGGACAGUGAAGAUUUUAAACAUGAGAGUUUGAUGGAUAAAGAAGCCAUCAAUGAUACUGAAAGAGAUGAGGAACAUGAGGAAGGCGAUGUUACAAUAAAAAAAGUGAUAGAAGAAACAUCCUCUGCUUAUGAUAAAACAGACAUGGAAUAUGAAGAGGAUGAAGAGGAAGAAGAUGAAGAAUAUGAGGGUGGGAAAAAGGAGGAUAAGAAUGAUGAGUAUGAAGCAGAUGAUGAAGCUAAAGAUGAGUACGAUGAGGAUUUUGAAGUGGAAGAAGAGAAGCCAGAUGAGAAAACUAAUGAAGAAGGACAGGUUGAUGAUCAAGUGAAUGGAAAGUCAAAGUCACCCUCAGAUGAUGAAAAAGAUGAUUUAGACCAUGAAGGGGAAAGUAACAAGCCAUCAAAGGAGGCAACGGAAACUUCAGAUAGUGAGAAAGAUGAAAGAGAUGGGCAUUCUGACAGUGAAUAUGAGGAGGAUAAACAAGAGAGGAAACACAGCACUGGAUCUGUGUCAUCCCACAGUACAAUACUUACUAGCUCCAGUGAAGCAGGGUCAAGCGAUGAAGAAAAUGAAGGAGAAGCUAAGACAUCUAGCACAGAACAUCCAAAGGAACAUAAAAAACAAACACUAGAGAAUUCAGAAAAUAUCCAAGAUUCAGUGGCACAUCUGGGGGACGAAACCCAUUCAGAAGGACUGGCAAAUGAAGAACCUAAAUUAGAAGAGACAGGUGAAACCGAUGAGACAGAAACCUUCAGAAAGGAAGAAAUUACCCUAACUGAAGAUAAUGUAGAAGAACCACAAUCACUUUCUGAUGAAGAUGACAUUGAACACGGUGUGAGUCCUUCAGAAAAUGUUUUUGAGCAAGAGGCUGAGUAUAAAGCCACAGUACACAUGGAUAAGCGUGCUAGUAUGUCCCAAGAUAAUUUAAUUGAUGAUAAUAAACAUUCUGAGACUGAAGAGGAAGGUGAUGGUCGAUCAGUUCAAGAGAAAAUAGCAGAUGCAAUUGAUGAAUGCUUCAAUUCAGAACCAGAGCCCAGUGAUUCAAGUACAGAUGAGGAGGACAACUUUAAGAAUGCAUUUCAUGGAAGCAAAUCAGCAUCUGGACAGACUUCACUAAAUGAAACAGAUGAAAUUAUUGAGCAUUGCAUGAAAGAUCAAAAUAAUGCAGAAAGAAGCACAAGUAGAGCAGAUUCCAUGAAACUAGAAACUGCAUCAGAAUUUUUUAAUUUGCCAGACAGAUCAAUAGAUGAAGAAUUGAAAUCACCAUUUAAUGAUUUAGAGACUGGAUCACAGAAUAUUGACGAACAUAUGCAAGACGAGGAUGCAACAGCAGGUGAAAAAUUAAAACAGCUAGAAGAUGCAGUGGAAGAGUCAAAACAACCAGAUGAGUUGAUAGAUAAUGGAGAAAACAUUAAUGAUACAAUCUCUGUUGAUGUAUCAACAGAUUGUGAGAAAACAGAACUUGAAUCAUUACACAAAGAAUUAACAAAAAAUGGAAAAGAUAUUGAAGAGAUAGAGGCUCCGUUAGAAACACCAGAAAUAGAGAGAGAUAAGGAAACACAAAAUAAUAGUGAUAAUUGUGAUACAAAUAGGGCCCCUGAUGCAGCAGAAAUGGAGGAGGAUGCACUUGAAACAUCAAACAUAAAUGCAGAUACUGAAUUUUUGGACGAAUCCACAAUCACUGAAGAACAAAAACCUGAUGAUGAAGAUGUGGAAGAACAAAAUAUUCUUGUAACAGAAAAGUCACUGCUUUCAUCUUUAGAAUCUGGAGAUACAAUGGAAGAUGAAGUCCAAGAAUCAAUUGAAAAAAAAGAAGAGGAAAUUCCUCUUGAAGAUGGCAUAACCCUAAAUGAAGAUAAUUCAGAUCUUAAAGACCAUGAUGUAUCAGUUCAGUCAUCUGCUACAUUAAACAUGGAAAAUGAUGGCACACUGUUUAGUAAUGAUACCAAAGGGGAAGAGGGUGAAGAUCAUAUUGAGGAACAUGAAAAACGGGGUAUUUUAACAACUGAGCAAGAAAACAUUGCAGUUAUAUCUGAUUCAUUUGAUGAGGUAGAAGAGACAGAAAAUAAAGUAGUCCAAGAAACAGAACAAAAUGCUUCUGAAAAUGAAAUUGCUCCAGAUAGUGCUACACAUGAUGAAUUAUCAGAAGAAAAUGUAGACAAGAAACAAACAGAAGAUGGUAUUCAGGGAAUAGCUGGAACUGAAACUGAGCUUCCUGAUGCAAAUGAAAAUAUUACUGAACAGGAACAAAAUGAAAAUAAUACUGAGGGUACAGACACCAGUUACAAUGCAGGCAAUGAAGUAGAUUCAUACACUGGUAUGGAAAAUGUAACAAGUUCUGUCAUUGAAAAAGGAGAAUUGAUAGAAACUUCAGAUAUUGUGAAAGCAGAAAAUAACGUUAAUUCUGAGGAUAUAGGUGAAGAGAAUGCUUCUAUAGCUGUAAGUCCUGAAACAAAUGAAGAGUGCAUAGCAAUAGAAGAUACUAAGGAGGAACAAACUCCUGAAGAAAGCAGUAAAAACAAUGUUGUUCCUAGUGAUCAGAAUCAGGAUGUUCCCAAACCACAUGAUUCCACAGAGUGCAUAGCAAUAGAGGAUGAUAAUUCUAAAGAAGAACAAACUAUUGAAGAAAGCAGUGAAAGCAAAUAUCUUUCUGAAUAUCAGACCAAGGAGUGUAUAGAACCUGUAGACAGUGAGGUAGAGUGGCAUGCAGAAAUAAGUGAUGCAGGUAACAAAGUGGAUUCAUGUACUGAAAUGGAAAAUGUAACUAGUUCUGUCAUGUUAGAAGAAGGGGAUGCAUUAGAACUGGUAGAUAAUUCAGAUACAGUGAAUACAGGAAAUGAAAUCAAUUCUGAAGACAUAAGUGCAGAGACUGCUUCUAGAGCUGUAAGCCCUGAAAAAAAUGAAGAGUGCAAGGCAAUAGAGGAUACUAAUGAGGAACAAACUACUGAAAAAAUCAGUGAAAACAAUAUUGUUCCUACUGAUCAGGAUGAUGGUAAUCAGGAUGUAUCUGAUAUUAGCAGAGAUGAUGCUAAUUCUAAGGAAGAACACACUACUGAAGAAAUUAGUGAAAACAUUGGUCUUCAUAGUGAUCAUGAUGAUUGUAAUCAGGAUGUAUCAGAUGUGAUAUAUGAAAAAGAAGUAGAAUCUGUGAGCAAGGAGAGGCAAUUGCAAUCACAAGAUGUGGCUGUGGAAGAUGAUAUGGCAAAUGUAAUGGAAUCCUUUCCUGAUGAAACGACAAUUGAAUGUGAUAAUACAUGUAAUAAUAAUGUUGUAGAACAUAGUGCUCCAAUCACUGAAGAACAUUCAUCAGAUGAUUUAAGUAAAGAGAUGGUAUCUGCACCUGAGGUUCCCAGUCUUGAAACUCAAGGUGAAUCUUCAGAUGUUAAUGAUGCAUCUGUGGAUAUGAGCUCUAAAACAGAAAAUGAAUCUGAUAAUGUAGAUAGUUUCAAAGUUGAGCAUAACAUGCUGGAUGAGGAGGAAGGCACAGAUAGUAAUGAUAAUGCAGAUCAGAUAGGUCAAGAGGAAAACUUCACUUCAGAUAUUUUAAAUGAGGGUCUAGACAACAACAUGCCUGAAAAUGAGCAUACCCAUCAUGGUAUAGUAAAUGAAAGUACUUUUGAAAAUAAAGAUACACUUGCUGAAAUGUGUUCAAAUAAACAGGAUACAGUUAAUAACAUUGCUUCUUCAGAUCAAGAUAAGGAAAAUAGUGUAGAACAGUCAACAGAAACAAAGGGGAAAUCAAAUAGUGUUAAUGAGGAGACUGAAACAGUUUAUGCAGAUAGUACUGAUCCUAAUGAUGUUUCUGAAAAACAAAAAGAAGAGAUGGAAGCAGAAAACACAACAGAAAAUGUAUCUAUUAAUAGCCUUCAUGAGACAGAUGACCAAUCUUCAAAUACAAAUAAAGAAAAUAGAGAGCAAGAUGAAAAGGCAGACUCCAAAGAAGACAAUGUAAGUCAAAUUGUAGAUGAAGAGGAAAUCAAUAAUAUUGGACCACUCAAGUCUGAAAUAUCUCAGAGUAAAAUAGCAGACAAUGAAAAAACUGACACUGAACAAGAAGAAUAUGUACAGCAAGUUACACCAGCCACUGAAUUUUCAGAAAGUUCAGAAAAUAUUGAAGAGUCACUUAAUAAAACAAUGAGGGAAAAAGAAGGAGAAGUAAAUGAAACUGACCAAGACAUGAGGCUUAAUGAGUCAGAAAAUACACCUCCACAUGACCAAAUUGCAGAAGUCCUGAAUGUGUCAGCAGCUGGUGAAGAAGAAUUCGGAACUGUAAAUAGUACAGCAGACAAUGAAGUUUCUCAAGCAGAAAAUAAAGAUCCAAUAUAAUAAAGAGCAUCAGAUGAAGAUGGUAGUUUCAUCAAGAUUUCUUUCAAAAUUCUUUCAAGAUUUCAGAAAAAUGAAAAGAAGAUAUAGUUUAUAUUUAUAUGACUUUGGUAAAGAAGCAGA